AUCAGAGCUGAGACGCCAUUACAGGGUGUGAGAUCUCUGCUGGAAAACACACGUUUAGAGUAUUUAAAGAGGGCAGACAAAGAGACAGUAACUUGGUGAGUCUUGAUUUUGAAAGAUUAUUGAGAUACCAAGACAAAUGGCUGAGAAAAUUGCUCUUGUUGAAAGUUACCUGAGCUGCCAUGUGUGUUCAGAGACUUUCAGAGAUCCUGUGUCUCUGAGCUGCAACCACAGCUUCUGUUCAAGCUGCCUGCAGAAAUUCUGGGAACAAGCUAAAGACAAAAACUGUCCCAUUUGUAAAAGAAAAUCCUCAAAGGAUAAUCCAUAUGUGAACUUUACACUGAAGGAACUGGCUGACUCCUUUGCUGGGAGACAGAAAGCUGGAUCAUCUGAGACAGAAAAAGGAGAGAAGAAGGAGGUGGUGUGUAGUAAACAUCAAGAGGAGCCUAGAUUGUUCUGUAUGGAUGAAGAUAGAGCUGUGUGUCCUGUCUGUGAGUUUUCUCUCCACCAGAGUCACAAGGUGGUUCCUAUAGAACAAGCAGUCAGUGAGCUGAAGGACCAGCUGAAAUGUGACUUAAAGUCUCUGCAGGACAAGAGGGACAAAUACAAACAAGUGGAGGAAACAUACAAUGAAGUGAUUCAACACUCCAAGAAGCAGCUGUUGUCCACAGAGAGGCAGAUCAGAGCAGAGUUCAACAAGCUCCACCAGUUCCUGAGAGAGGAAGAGGAGUCCAGACUGGCAGCUCUGAGGGAGGAAGAGGAGCAGAAGAGGAAGACUAUCAGCAGAGAGAUGAAGAUGAUUGAGGAGCAGAUCUCCUCUCUGUCACACGGUAUCUGUGCUGUUGAAGAAGAGCUGCAGAAACACAAGGUGCCAUUCCUCAGCAGUUAUAAAGCCACUCAGAGCAGAGCCAGAGUCCAGUGCUCACUGUCAGAUCCACAGCUGGUCUCAGGAGCGCUGAUGGAUGUGGCCAAACACCUGGGCAACCUGUCCUUCAGAGUCUGGGAGAAGAUGAAGGACAAGGUCCACUUCAGUCCUGUCAUUCUGGACCCAAACACUGCAAACCCCCGUCUCUAUCUGUCUGAUGAUCUGACCAGUGUGAGACGUGGAGACACAGAGCAGCAGCUUCCUGGCAAUCCAGAGAGACACACUAAGUAUAACAUUGUUCUGGGCUCUGAGGGCUUCAGCUCAGGGACACACAGCUGGGAGGUGGAGGUGGGAGACCAUCCUGACUGGAAUGUAGGUUUGGCCAAAGAGUCAGUUGACAGGAAGGGAGAGAUAUCUGCUUCACCAAAAUAUGGAAUCUGGUGUUUAUGGCACGGUCAUGGAAAAUACACUGAUGCAGCUGGUAAGACUGUCACAGUGAAGAAGAGUCUCCAGAGGAUCAGAGUCCAGCUGGACUAUGACAGGGGGGAGGUGUCCUUCUACGACCCUGAAGACAUGACUCACAUCUUCACUCACAGAGACACUUUCACUGAGAAACUCUUCCCAUAUAUCAGUAUUGGAAAGGCUGGUGAUGCUAAAACUGCUGAUAUCAAAAUGUGUCAAAGUGAGAUUUCUCUGUGAUGUUCAGACAUGUUGGUGUUAGUGAAGACUUUACUCUGACUUCAGUGUCUGUCCAGAUCUCACUGAAAUAAUCAAGACAAUCAACAGUUAAAGCAGAAAAAGAUUCAUGUGCUCAAAACUCAAACUGCAUUACAUCAUCAGGUUAUAAACUCUCAUACAGGUACAGAUCAAUUUAUUAACCUGGUUAUCAUCAUCUUGUGUUUAAUCAGAUCAUAAUAUAACAAACACUGUAUCCACUUCACCAAAUACUUUGUUUACAGCUUUGUGAUUCUUCACUUUGACAGUAAUCAGUUUGUAAAAGUUGUUUUUCUCAACUGUCUGAAAUGAAUUGUUGAUUGUUUUCGUGCAACCAUGUCAUAAUGAAUUUAGUUAUAUUGUCUUUCGCCAAAAUGUAUAAACAUGAUGAGUCCUGCUUUUGAUAUUCUGCUUAAUUUUUUAGGGAUUUUUAAUAAGUAUUUGGUUCAUGUUGUUUUGUAAAUACUCUGAGGUCCACUUCUGCAGCUUGAAGGGUGCAGAGAUGGAGAAAACAAAUUUGUUUCAGAAAUUCUUUUACUAUUAUAUUUUAAUAAUUAUAUAAAGUACUUAAUGCAGUUUUCAGGGACAACAUGCUCACAUGUGCAUAAUGUCAUCAACAUUGUUGAAUGUGCAGUAUGUAUACAGGAUGUGAUUGCAUGGACACAUUUUACUUCCCGUAAACGUCACAAUAUGGAGACAAAGUCCACAUGUUGUUCACAGCCUGCUCAUUUUGAACACUGAACAUUUGAUUUCUGUCACUUAUUGUAAGACACGCCCUUGUCAAUACACUUCCAUCACUGCUGUGGCUCCUGAUGUUGUUGUUGCUUCAUCAGGCACCAGCUUAGUCAAAUCAUCUCAACAACAUUAUUCACAUUGAAAUAUAUCUCUAACAUGAGUCUUUUCAGCUCUUAAGAGCCCAACAUUUAUUUUGUGCUGCUGUACCAUCAUCAAGAUCCAAGAUACAGAUUCACACUUAAUUUCAACAUGUUUCAUUUUGUGCAACUUUUGUUUUUCCUUCUUGUAUUUUCUGCUGGUGUCGCAGAAAAACUCAACUGCUCAAUAAAACUCAGAACAGAAGUACA